AUGACUGCCAUGUUUAGCAACGCCCGUUCGACGACAUCUUCGUCUGGACACAUCGUCGAGUUUAAAGCUGGUCGCUGCCGCCUUGAGCCUGUAACUGGAGGUGGAGAAACAGCACGAACAGUUUCUCCUGAACACGCUAGAGGAUUGAUUUAUAUCAAACAGACUAAUGACAUGCUCAUCCACUUCUGCUGGAAAAACCGCGAGACGGGAGCUCUCGUCGAUGACUUGAUCAUUUUCCCAGAGGAUGCUGAGUUCAAAGCUGUCAACGGUUGCUCCGAUGGAAAAGUGUACAUGCUCAAAUUCAAAUCUGGUGAAAUGAAGAUUUUCUGGCUUCAAGAUUCAACUCCUGAUAUCGACAAGGAUCUUGUAAAGAAAGUUAAUGAUGCUUUGAACAAGCCACCAACUUCUCGUCCAUCCGCUUCUCGCUCUAGCGGUUCCAAUGCUAAUGCUGAUCGUCCAUCCGCAGGAGGAUCUCUUAUCUCCGGACAAGACUUCAAUACUCCAUUGGGUGGACUUGAUCAAGGACAAUUGAUGUCUUUGAUUCAAUCUCUCCAAGGGAAUACAUCCGAUGCUAUUCCAAUUCACUCAAGUGGAGCUCAUGAUGACAAUUCUUCCGAAGCGGACUGUGAGCCACCAUCGAACUCAUUGUCUGAAGAAGGAUCUUCAUCUUCAAACCCGCUGUCAUUGAACAAUCCUGCGAUCCAAAAGAUUUUCAAUGAUUUGGGUCGCCAGGAGAAGAAAGGAGCCGCAGCUUCUUUGUCUGACGCACUUUCGAAUGUAACCGUUGCUGAGGUUGCACGUAAUCAUGCUGCCGAGCUUUCUCAACAUCUUCCACCAUCUGAUGAUCCAACCAAAGAGCUUGCCGAGACUGUAAGAACUCCACAAUUCAGACAGGCAGCUGAUACUCUUGGAACCGCUCUACAAACUGGACAACUUGGACCAGUUCUUUCUCAAUUCGGUAUGAACGAUGAAACGGUAGCUGCUGCUACUCAAGGAGAUCUUCGUAAAUUCGCAGCCAAUCUCACUAAAGCAGAAGGAGGAGACAAAGUCGAGCCAGCCGCAGCUGCCCAGCCUGCACGGGUUGACAACCCGAUUUGCCGGAAAGCUGUGGUGCCGUCCGCUUAUCUCGGCUUCUUUUCCCCUUCAAUUGCGGCAACGGUGUCUCGGCUAGAGAACGCCGACGACGAUGUCGCUCGUGAGCCGGAAGCAAAGCGCAACCGUCCAGAUAACGAAGAUAUGGACGUCGAUUAA